AUGUUAUACAACUGACCAAAGAUCCAUUCAAUCUAUCACUUCAUUUCUAACACCCAAAAUCUCGAUCUCUAACUUGACAAACAAAAAAAAUUCAAUGGCAACAACAAUGAUGACUGAUCUUAUAUUUCAAGCAAUUAUUAUCCUAGUCAUGUUAUUCAUGUUUUUAUGGACACUUAACAUACCACAAAAAUACUACGACAAGUUCCAGUUUAGAGACAGGUCUAGCUACGCCGCGAAACGUCAUUUUGUUCGCGGCGCAGAUUUUUUGUCAAAAUCAAGAACAUAUAAAAACCGCGAAUUUGCAAAGUCAGCGGUUGACGAAGCAGAAAAGUCAAUAGCUAUAAAUCCAAAAGAUGCAGCUGCCCACAUUCUUAAAGCAUUGGCUCUUGAUGCACAAGGGUUCACUACUUCGGCUUUAGAAGCUAUGGAUAUUGCGUUAUCGCCUUUGACAAAGAAUUCGUUGUGUGAUGAAGAGAGGAGUGAUGGGUUGGUUAAACGGGCCGAGAUUAAAGUCAAGGCUAAGGGAGUUGACUCGGCCGUGGUGGACUUAGUGGAGGCGGUAAGGUUGAAUGAAGAAAACGUGACGGCUUUGCGGUUGUUGGGAGAGUGUUAUGAGAAGAAAGGGAUGAGAGAAGAGGCGGUUAAGGCGUAUAUGGAUGUAGUCAAAGUUGAGCCACAGAAUGCUGUGGCUCAGACUGCUUUAAAACGUUUGGGUUCGAUAUAGUUUAGAACCUGGAUAUGUUUUGUUACAAGGAGUUGGUUAUUAAAUUUUGUAUAAGUAUGAUUGUUAGGCAGCUGUUAUAGUCGGACUAGUGAGAUUUGGCUAACAUGGUUUUGGUUUUGUUGUAACAUUUGAAUGAUUUGCUAUAAGAUGCUUAUACUAUAACUUGUUGUGA